AGUCUCUCACACACCUACUCACGCUGUGAGGUGUGGCUGAGCCUGGGGGGGCGUGACUUUGUGCUUGUCUCCAAACCGAACUGCAACCAGUUUUCAGAGGGACUCGCUGCCAUCCUGAGUGUGACAGAAAGUGAACUCUUUUCUUCACAUGUUGUCACUCAGCCGCCAACAUGCCUGAGACUGCAGAGUCGCACGCCUGUGCCCUCACCACCAACCGCAACUGUGUCAUCGAGAUGACCAACGUGAGCUCCGUCUACUGUCUCAUCAACCCAAAGGUGUACAUGGAAAGUGGCUUCGUCUUCAGCCCUCCACAGCCGACCGUGAGGACCACGAAGACUGAGGUGUGCUCCUUCACCAAGGACGACAACACCGCGUCAGGUGCUGUGGGCGUCCUGACGUACGAGCUGUUCGACAUGCGCCAACGCCACUGCAACGAGAUGAUGGCCAUCAUGUUCUCUGUGCCCUUCGACUACAACUUCUACAAGAACUGGCUGGGGGUGGGCAUCUUUGAGCACACACGAGCCUGCGAUGAGAAGCUGUACGACCUCAUGUACAACGGAAAGGAUUUCACCAACUUUGAGCGCCACGAGGCCGACGGCUCAGGGGUGAUGUACAAGGGAAGGAUGGUGGACGUGAGGGCCUGCAUGUCGGAUGAGGGCAGAGCCAUUAUUAAACUGGAGUUGUACGACAAGAUGGGCAGAUGAGUGUCUUUGUGAAACCAAAUGAGUCUAUGCAGACAUUCAUGAAAUCCUACAUGCAGUUUGUCUGUCAUGCAUGGGUGCUUUGAAUUAAUAAAAACAAUGAAAUGGA